AUGAAGAAACAUUUCCUCUUUGAACACUACCACCGCCGGUGCCGCCACGCCCACCACGCCCGCCGGUCCCGCCCCCGCCGCGCGCCCGCCUCUCGCCGCUACACGGCCUGUGAUUGGCUGGUGGCGCUGCCCGUCUCGAGCGGCGAGCGCGUCGCUCUCAGACCAGCGCUUCUAUUGGUCACGGCGGCGGCUGCGGCGCGCGGACCCGACGAGGAGGGGAAAGCCGGUCGCCGCGGUGGCGGAACGGGCGGAGGCUGCCGGUUUCGUAACCGUCGCUCCUCCUCGCCGACUCGCGGACUGCGAGGCCUGGGUCGGGUCGGGCCGCGCCGCGCGGGGCCGCUCGGAGUGGAGGCCGCCUGGGGGCGGGCGGGCCGGCCGGAGGCGCAGGUACAUGUGAAGAUAUUUUGGCAGUUGAGUGUGGCCUCUGCUGAUCACAUUGCUCUGAUUUCUACCUGUUCUGUGUUGGCAAAGGAACACGCCCAAAUGAGCAAGCUGCCACAGCCAGCCACUGCUCCAGGAGUGAACGGAAUAAGUGUCAUCCAUACUCAGGCUCACGCCAGUGGCUUACAGCAGGUUCCUCAGCUGGUGCCUGCCGGGCCUGGGGGAGGAGGCAAAGCUGUGCCUCCAAGCAAGCAAAGCAAAAAGAAUUCACCCAUGGAUCGCAAUAGUGAUGAGUAUCGCCAGCGCAGAGAGCGGAACAAUAUGGCCGUGAAAAAGAGCCGAUUAAAAAGCAAGCAGAAGGCUCAAGACACACUGCAGAGAGUGAACCAGCUCAAAGAAGAGAAUGAACGGUUGGAAGCCAAAAUUAAGUUGCUGACAAAGGAAUUAAGUGUACUGAAAGAUUUGUUUCUUGAGCACGCACACAACCUGGCAGACAAUGUGCAACCCAUCAGCACUGAAACUACAACGACAAAUUCUGAUAACACGGGGCAGUAGAUCUCCUUCCAGACAUCACAGCUUUGUGGCUUGAACAUGAGAGGUGUGACCACCCAGCACCACUUAGUUCAAUGGCUGAGCUUGGUCUUGUUCUAUGGAGGUUAUUCUCUAGGCUCAGCACUGAACAGUUGAUUAGCCAUGUAGUUUAUCUGGUCUUAAGUGAUAAUGAUUUUUGAAGCACUAAAAGAAAACUUGGGGUUUAUGGUUAAAAAAAAAAUCCUGGACCUUAAUAUUCUUAAUAAAUCCUGACUUCCCCAGAAAUGCUUCUUUUCUAGGAAUGGGAAAAUGGAAGGUCAUAUAGAAGGUUUUGAGUUUUAAUGAGACAAUACCUUGGAUUAAGAAAAGCUGGAUUCCAUCUGUGUUCCUUGACUUGUGAUUUUUAGUCUAAAUUGUGUAUUGCAAAUUAUAGGGCUUCAGAAACCAGUCAUAAUAAUUUGGCCCCAUUUUAUAGCUAGAAUAAAUCUGUGUUAGCGUAAUUGGCAUUGUUUUUCCCAACAAGUACAUAUUUUUUUAAAAUAACGUCAGGCAAAGUAAAGAAACCCCAUUCAGAUCACACCAAAGAGGUGGUUAAAAAGACAAAUUACAUUUAGGAAGGAAAGAAGUGUUUUGUUUUGUUUUUUCCUCCCUUGUUUGUUUAAAGGGCAUAGAGAGAGUGGAUUGAACUUUGAGGGUCCUUUGGUUUAUUGGAUUAGCAUUAUCAUGUGUCCUUAAAAACCAGUAUCUAUUGUGUAUUGACACUUUAGUUUCUGUGGAUGCUAGUAAAGGUAGCAUUUGUUUGGAGGAGAGAAACCAUUUUUUGACAGCCAAGUUAGUAAAUAAAAUGCCUUGGCUUGAUGAUACAGACCAUGAUUAGAAAACUAAUUUAUGCAGGGCAUGGUGGCACACGCUUUA